AACGGCCGCCCGACCAGACGGCGCGGAUGUCAGUCGGACUCGGUGAGCGCCGUGCCCCUGACAUACCUCCGGCCCGGCGACCCUAUCACUGCACAAAGUCGCGAUGCUUCUGGGCCUGCUGUCGCUGGCCCUGUGCGGCCUCGUGGCGUGGAUCGCCUACGCGAGGAUGAAGAUCAACAAGAUGGCGGAGCUGUCCGAGCAGCUGCCGGGCCCCCAGACCAUCCCACUGCUCGGCAACGCCAGGGACCUGGGCGGCCUCAACCCCAAUGCUCAGCCCAAAGACUUUUUUGAUGCUACUAUGAUGGACCUAGCGAAGAAAUACGGCUCCUUGUACAGGCUGUGGGUCGGAACCAAUCUCUUCGUCAUUCUGAGCGACCCUGACUUGAUCGAGGUUAUCUUGUCGAGCAACGUGCAGCUCGACAAGGGCACGAACUACAAGUUCACUUUCCCGUGGAUCGGCGACGGCCUGCUCACGUCCACAGGAACAAAAUGGAAGAAGCAUCGGCGAAUUAUAACCCCAACUUUUCACUUUAAAAUUCUAGAAGAUUUCGUAGAAGUUUUUAAUUACAAUGGGAAGAAAAUGAUUGAGAAAUUAAAAGAAAAGGCAGAUGGCCAAGAGAUCGACAUAUAUCCAUAUGUAUCUCUGUGUGCACUCGACAUUAUUGCUGAAACCGCUAUGGGGAUUUCAAUCAAUGCCCAAGACAACAAUGAAGCUGACUUCGUCAAGGCAACGAGGAACAUGGCGCGCAUCAUCGUGUGGCGGUCCUUCAAGCCGUGGCUGCAGUGGGGCUGGCUCAUGCAGCUGCUGCCCACUGGCCGGCUGCAGCGGCGGUCCCUGGCGGUGCUGCACGCUCUCAGCUCGCAGGUGAUCAAGUCCAGAAAGACAGAGUUUUUAAACAAACAAAAACACAAUGCUGCCAGCGGAGGAGCCGGGGAUGACAACGAUGUGGGAGCAAAAAAGCGCAGAGCUUUCCUCGACAUGUUGCUGGAGGCAGCGGAAGACAACCUGACCUUGACCGACCAAGAACUGCGAGAAGAAGUGGACACCUUCAUGUUCGAGGGACACGACACGACCACAUCAGGCACCAGCUUCACUCUGUCCAGCCUGUCGCUUCACCCCGACAUCCAGGAGAGAGCGUACGAGGAGCAGCAGGCGAUAUUCGGGGACUCGGACAGAGAGGCCACCUACCAGGACCUGCAGGAGAUGAAGUACCUGGAGAAAGUCAUUAAGGAGACACUCAGGCUGUUUCCGAGCGUGCCGAUGUUUGUAAGGUGCAUAAACGAGGACGUCAAACUUGGUGAAUACACGUUGCCGAAAGGAUGCAACAUAACAAUUUCACCCAUGAUACUGCACCGGAAUGAAAAGUACUUCCCCGACCCGGAACGGUUCGACCCGGAACGGUUCAGCUCGGAGAACAGUCAGCGGAGACACCCGUACCAGUACAUCCCCUUUAGUGCUGGCCCGAGGAACUGCGUCGGCCAGAAGUUCGCGAUGCUGGAGAUGAAGGCCACAGUGUCCAAGGUGCUGCGGAGCUUCAGGAUGCUGCCGGGCAGCACGACGAACCAGUUCCCCGAGCUGGUGGGGGAGCUGGUGCUCAAGAACUUGCACGGCAUGCGGAUGAAACUGGUUUCAAGGAAGUGAACACUCACAUGUGCAGUAUUAAUGUACCAAGUAUUUUGUAUAUUUUAGGAGUAUAACAUGUAUAAUUAAUUGUUGAAAUGAUUAAAAGCUUGAUAUGACUUGACGUCGUCCGACCGAAGGCCACCCUAAAGCCCGACUUGCAACCGCCAGUAUCCGACCCCGCUAACGGAAUGCGCCCCUAGCCAUGGUCCACCCGUAUAUCAAGCGACGAACAGUCUCCAGUGUGACUCAGAUUAUUCAAACUUAUUUCAUAUAAACUUGUUAAAUCUAAUUUCCAAAACAUAUAUGUAUUAGGUUAAUUGUUAAUUUUUAAGGUGUGAAUUUAGAGCCACCUACAUUCUGUUAUUAAUAUAAUAUUUUACGAAUAACGGAACUUUAGAAACCUUGGCGCGAGAGGAUGCUCACCCCUCCCCUCCUGCCAGGGCCAGAUGCGAGUACCGAGCGAUUCGCGGACCGGGACGGAUGCGCGUCCCACGGGGAGCCAUCAACCACAGUCGACACUGAAUUCAUUCUGGUAAAUAAAGUCACGCACCAAAACCUUUUUCUAAUCAACUACCCGUGUGCGCCCGGUCCUUUUACUGUGUAGGGCCUAUCCCAGCCGCGUAAACAUAACACUCCCCGCACAACGCAUUACGCGGGACAUGGCAAUAUAUGGCACGGGCCGACUCCCGCAAUAACAGACAUUCAGUUAACUGCCGAAGUGCACAGUGCACAGGCACUGGCCACAUCUAAUUGAAGACUUUAAUUAAUUUCAUAGCGAGCCGCGGUCCACACAGGUGGGCCGUGCAUCGUCGUUUGCAAAUAAAUUACGGGAUUGGCCGACUCCAAUCAAACUCUCCCCCUCAACCUCGACUGGCGUGAGGGCUUAAUUUUAGUGACGGCGCGUCAGAGCGCCCAGUGUAAUCAUAUUGUACUUUGUAUAGGGAAAUAGUGUAUCUGUAACCGCAAGUGUAAUUGCCAACGUUAAUUAAACGUCCACUCCGCACACUCUGUGCGCGACAUGUAUACGACAGUG